AUUGGUGAUUCGUUUUUUCCCUUCAACCUCCUCUAAGCUUCGUAAAAACGUCUUGACGUCACUGCCGGAAGUGGCGGCGUAGUGGCGCAGAGGCAGACAGUGAGAACUUGAGCUGAGCGACUUUUUUCCCUCCUCCUUCUUCUUUCUGUGGUUCUUCUUUGGGUUUUUCCCCAGAACCUCUGAGUUUGUUGCUUCGGAGCCGACGAAGGAAGAGAGCAGGAGGAACCUCCGGAUCUUUUCCAGUUUCUUCAGAGCUCGAUCACCCGUCACUUUGUCCUGCAGGGGAACGCAGAGCAGUCGACCUGCUGGUGUUUGAAGUGAGACACCUGACCUUUCCUGUCGCCACGCUGAAGCAUGAAGUCUUUCUCCCCUUGCGGCAGAUGGCCACUCCUCGCUGAGCCUGGUGCUGCCCAAGAUUUCUUCCUGUAAAAAAAGGAGUUUUUCUUUCCCGCUGUUGCCAAGUGCUUGCUGAUUGCAGCCAUGAAUCACCACAUGAAUCACCACAUGAAUCACAGCACCAUGGCCCCGCCCACCAGCUCAGAGCACGACCACGGCUCUGGAGGAGGAGGAGGGGAAGGGAACCAUGGAGGUCACAUGAUGAUGAUGACAUUUUACUUCGGCUACAAUAACGUGGAGCUGCUGUUCACCGGUCUGCUCAUCAACUCACCUGGAGAGAUGGUGGGGGCAUGUAUUGGUGUCUUCCUAUUGGCCGCCCUGUACGAGGGGUUGAAGAUUGGUCGUGAGGUUCUUCUGCGUCGUAGUCAGGUCAACGUCCGUUACAACUCCAUGCCACUCCCCGGGGCUGAUGGGACAGUGCUGAUGGAGACGCACAAGACGGUUGGCCAACAUUUGGAGGGGGCGGUGCCUCCUGUCAUGAGUAACUCCCGCUUCGUGGAAUUAUUUCCCAGGCAGCGCAUGCUGAGCCCCGCCCACUUCCUACAGACCCUGCUGCACAUCAUCCAGGUGGUCGUCAGCUACUUCCUGAUGCUCGUCUUCAUGACCUACAACGGUUACCUCUGUAUUGCUGUGGCAGCUGGUGCUGGAAUGGGCUACUUCCUGUUUAGUUGGAGAAAGGCGGUGGUUGUUGACAUCACAGAACACUGCCAUUAGCAUUCAUGCUAUUUAGCACUAUGAAUGCUCGCUAACACUCAGUAUUAGCAUGCUGGCCUGUGUGCUAAUAGAACUAAACACCAAGUUAGCUAAUUAGCACGACACACUAAAUUACAGCAUUACCUGGUAAAAAUGGUAAUGUCACAUCAUACUGUAGUUGGCAACAAACGACAAGCUAGUUGUCUUCUGAUUGGCCAAUUCACUUUUUUUCCCCGUUUUGUUAGCUUAGCAUCGUUAGCAGCUCAUUAGCUGGGCCACCAAUCAGAAGGCAGGAUGUAAUCAGUUCUUUGACUACUAGGAAUUGAUUGAUUAGGAGCUGUUUUGAUUUGUUGUAUGUACAGAGCAAAUCAAAAGCUUUUUUUUUUUUUUUGGUUAAAUUUUACUUCAUGUUUACGUUUUAAGAUAUUUAGAAAAUUAUUAUUAUUAUUGUUAUUAUUAUUAUUAUCUGAAUCAGCCAGUCGGAGCUCGAUGUUGAUCAAAUGAAAUUUUAACUUUUGUUUUUGUCAGAAGCAGUCACUUGACUUUGUUUUAAAUUGAAGCAUCAUGAUCUGUUUGGCCAGUUGAGUCACCGUUGGCCUUAACGCCGCUGCCACCUGCUGCCUUACUGCUGACUGAAGGUGGGGGCGGAGCCUCGACUCGUUUCACUUCACUUUAAGUCGACAUCUUAGCACUUGCCACAUGUGCUGAUGAUGACAUAAGAACGUCUCUACUGUUGUGAUUACUUUAUUUUUGAUGGUUCACACUGAGGAGGGUGGAGUUUACAUUCUGGACCAAUGGGAUCGCAGGAACAGGUCAGUUGCUGGAUUUAAAGUCCAACUCCAGCAAAAAGUAUGUGGACAUAAUUUUGGUCACAGGCUUUUUAGGAUGUGCACUUACUUCUGGUGCACUGCCUGAGGCUGUGUGGGACCAGCUGGUGUGAUCUCGUCUUGUGUUUUAUGACGUGAACCCUGUGAAGGAAACUGUUUUAUGUGAUCGUGUUUUAAAUGCUGGAAUCAGUAAAAAACUGAAUAAAGUUUAAGUAGAAACUUG